AUGCUGCCGGACGUGAUGGCGCUGGUGGUGGCGCUGGUGGCCGUGCGCUUCGCGCAGCGCACCCGCGCCACCAAGAAGAACACAUUCGGCUGGGUGCGCGCCGAGGUGAUGGGUGCGCUGGUCAACGCUGUCUUCCUCACGGCGCUCUGCUUCACCAUCCUGCUCGAGGCCAUCGAGCGCUUCACUGAGCCGCACGAGAUCCAGCAGCCACUCGUCGUGCUGGUGGCCGGCGUGGCCGGGCUGAUCAUCAACCUGCUGGGGCUCUGCCUCUUCCAGAACACAUUCGGCUGGGUGCGCGCCGAGGUGAUGGGUGCGCUGGUCAACGCUGUCUUCCUCACGGCGCUCUGCUUCACCAUCCUGCUCGAGGCCAUCGAGCGCUUCACUGAGCCGCACGAGAUCCAGCAGCCACUCGUCGUGCUGGUGGCCGGCGUGGCCGGGCUGAUCAUCAACCUGCUGGGGCUCUGCCUCUUCCACCAGCACGGCCACGGCCACGCGCACGGCGCUGCCCUGCCACCGCCACGCGCCAAGCUGCAGCGUUGCCCUGGUGAGGGCGAUGCUGCCCUGCACAAGGAGGAGACCAACAUGCUGGUGGACAACUACAGCGGCCCCAACGGGCUCAGCCAGGAGCAGCUGGGUGAUGUAGAGAAAGAUGGCAAGGAUGACCUACAAAUGAAUGGGAAUGCUGGCCGUCACUCUCUGGACAUUGAUGUUGAAGACACUAGUGGACAACUUAACAUGCGUGGAGUUUUUUUGCAUGUUCUUGGAGAUGCAUUGGGGUCAGUUAUUGUGGUGGCGAAUGCCUUAGUAUUUUACUUCGUUUGGAAUCCUUGUCCCAAAGAUGGGCCCUGUGUUAAUCCUUGUAUCAAUAGCCAUUGUAUGGAAAAUGCUACUGUAGCCCCACCACUUUCCACGGUUAGCCCUUUGGAGCAUGUGGCCGGUCCAUGCUGGGUACUAUAUUUAGAUCCCAUUCUUUGUCUGAUGAUGGUGUGCAUAAUCCUUUACACAACUUACCCGUUACUUAAGGAAUCGGCCCUUAUCCUUUUACAAACUGUUCCAAAACAAAUAGAUAUUCGUUCUCUGAGCCUGAAGCUGCAUACACUUGAAGGAGUUGAAGCAGUCCAUGAAUUACAUGUUUGGCAAUUGGCAGGCAGCAGGAUCAUUGGCACUGCUCACAUAAAAUGUCAUGACCCUGAAUCAUACAUGAAAGUGGCUAAGCACAUUAAAGAGAUUUUUCAUGAUGAAGGAAUUCAUGCUACUACCAUUCAGCCUGAAUUUGCCAGUGUAGGCUCUGAAUCAGGUGUAGGUAAUUGCGAGCUUCCCUGCAGAACUCAAUGUGCUUUGAAGCAAUGUUGUGGGACAUCAGAAAACAGCGCUGAAAAGGAGAUGGAAAAAUCGUCUACAAUUGGUAUUUCAUGUUCAGAAGUCAUCACUGAUUCUUCACACAGCAAAACUAGGAGGACUAAAUCUGAGAGUAUACCUGCUGUUAGGCUAGAGGCAAAUGCUGACCAAAACAAACAGUUUGAAUCAUCUUUAUAAUUCCCAAAGUGGUGCUGCUUAUAUUUUGAUGGCUUCACCCACAGCAUUGUUGCAAGAAGAAGAGACAGAUGUUCUGAGAUACACUACUUGGCAAACUUGUAUUUGCUGAUGUCCCUAUUCUUGUCACUUUGCUAAAUCCAGAAUACUUGUUUUAAGGAACAUGAUCAUGUAUCAUGACAUGAUAUGCUUGUGUUGACUGUGGUGAAUGAGUCAGAAAGUGCACCAAUGUUGUAACAACUUCAGAAUGCCAUUUCAGCCGAGACGACACUUUUUGUUGCACUUCAGAUUUAAAAUAUCUCUUCCCAUGAAAAGUUACUUGAGAGAGAAGUAAAUAGGAACUUAAAUUGUGUUACAAACUGCUCAUUGGAGCUACUUUUUUCCUUUAAUAUUUGAUUUGUAGAUAUUUUAAUAUAUUUUUUAUUUAGAAAACAUAAGGAAACCAAAGUUCAUAGAUUUUUUUUUUUUUUAAAUAUAACUACUUAAAACUGGAAACCACUUUGUUAGUUUCAUGCAUUUUCCUUAAACUUAGAAAAUGAAAAAUAUGGACACUUUUCUAAUGGAUUUAUUACAUAGCAUAUUUAAAAAAAAAAAAAAAGGAAAAAAGCAUAUCACAUGAUUGUUAGAAAGUGAUCCAUGUUUUCUCAUGGGGGCUGUGAGGUGAUUAAAAGUGGCUGCUUGUUUAAAAAAAAAUUGGUUGCGAAAGGUAUGUUUUGUUAAAGUAUAAAUUCAGUCUGCUAUGUAACCCUCUUAGGCUGUGUAAUUGUCAGAAAAAUUAUUUAUAGUUUCAGUUACCACUUUAUGAAUUAGUGUUGUUUUUCCUUUUCAAAUUCAGUCAUUUUUAUUUCAUUAGCUUAUUGUUUAAGUUGUAGAAUUUUACACAACACACAUUCUGGUGCUGUAACACUGAAGUUGUAGCUUUAAUUUUUAAGAGUGCUUCAUUUAAAUAAGUUAGUUUUUAUCAUGGUAAUGCCAACCAGUACUGUUAAAGGGAAGGAUCUUUCAAAACUGGCAUUAUAAUUCCUGUAACUCUGCCCCCAAAAACUCACGUGGAUGUAAAUUUGUGCAGAUAAUCUCUGUCUGAUAGGCCCAAUUCUGUCCCCAUGAAGUCUGUGAGAGAUUUGACUUCUUCAUUGUGGAUGGCAUGUAAUCCAAUAUAUUUUACUUUUUAGCAUGUCAAGAAUUUACCUAUGGGAUAUUUAAAUGUUUACUUUAAAACCAAGAGACAACUGGCUCUGAAGAAGCUGUUACAGUGUACUGUCAACUAACAUAUUUACAAAAAAUGUUGCAUGGGUGAGAGUAAAAGACAGUGUAAAUGGGAAUGCUAGGGACUUUAGUCCCCCACUGUGACUAUGGUCAAAGCCAAACUCAAUCCUUAAAUCCACCUCCAGGCUUAGGUAUAUAUGUUAUGGGAAACAGUGUCUAGUAAUUGAGCACAGGAAUGGAAGUCGGAAGAUUCAAGUUGUUUUCUCUUUUCUGACAUGUAGGAUACAUACAAACAAAUACAUUACAGCAAGUUAAAGGGGUCAGGGAUUUUUGUCACGUGUCAGCUGCUUCUUGGUAAUUGUCCCCAUAUAUUCUCUUGAUACAUGAGAAGUGAAAGUGAAACAGUGAUAAUGUAAUCCUGGUUUCAUAGGGAGGCAAGCUGUUGCAGGGUAAGAGUGUGCCCAUGGUUACUGUAGAGCAGCCAAUGCGUGGCAAGUCCCUUCCCCCUUGUAGGUCACUAUAUAAUUUAUUCAUUUGUCCAUAACUUUACUUGCUGUGUGAUGUUGGGCAAGUCACUUUAACCUCUCUUUGCCUCAGUUCCCUGUCUGUAAAAUAGGGAUAAAACCUACCUCACAGGGGUAUUGUGAGGCUUAAUUCAUUAGUUGGUAAAAAGUUCAGAAAUCUUCUGAUGGAAGGUGCCCUAGAAAUGCAAAAUUGUUAUUGUUGGGGGUCUUCCAAAAGUUACUGCAAUACCCAGGCAAACAGGAUGAACUAAGGACCGUUUUGGCCUUUUGGAUUUCUUUGGUACUGUGGUUUGUCAGAUUUUUGACAGUAUUUAAACACCAAAUUUUUUUUCUUCUUUUUUUAAAGAAGAAUGUUUGGGUUAGUGAAGGAAACAUAGCUUUUUAUUCCCCUCUCAUACAGAGCACCUCACUAAUUUGCCCUUCAAAUCAAUGAUAGUUGCUUAGCAGUGGUUCACAAUAACCUAGUGCCUGCCCUUCCAGAGGUACUUGCUUAGCCUCUCAGCAGUGCAUUGUAAUGAGGUCUUUGCAAAAUAUGCUAUAAUGCAUCUAUGAGUAUUCUGUAAAGUAUUAUCAAUUUAAUUUGUAAAAUGAACAAAAUAUACUUUUUCAUGGUAAAACGUUUUGCUAAUUAGUAUAUUUGCAUGUUUGAAAUUUGGCUUCUCAGUUACUAGUGUGAAUUAGUGAGGGUCUACUGUAUAUCACUAACAACAAAUAGAACUAACUGUAUAUUGGUAAGAACAUAGUAGUAAUGAAAAUCAUAACUACUUUUUCUCCUGUUGCUUUUAUAGUUGGUCUACUUGUCCUGCCAUGGCUGUCACCUUUUGGUAAUAGUCUUAAUAAAUGCAUUUGAAUAGGUCUGAAAACGUAGCCACUAAUUCCAUUGUAAAAUGUUUAAUCUUUUUGUGCCAGAAGUCGUAUUUUUCUAGUGCUAUGUCCAUUGCAGGCAAUGGCUAGCUUAAAAUAAAUAAAAGGAAAAAUGAAAAAGGUCUCUGCACCUGGAUUUUAAGUACAGUAUAUAUUCAGUAUAAGAUUAAGGUGGUGGCUGUACAACAGCGGGAACACAUUUUGUAAAUUCAUCAUAGCUGUAAUGAGCCCAAACUGUAGCCUGAUAACUUGCAAUAUACAUCUUGAUCUUUUAACUUCAUUUAGCUAUGGUUAUGCAGAUUUACUUCUGAAGAUCGUAAUUCCAGAACAUUAGUAGCUUUCUAGAAUUUUUGUGGAAGUCUGUCUUUUUAGUCUUUUCUGCCCCCACUCCCAAAGCACAAAACUAGUGAAUCUUGUGUGAGUGCAGUGGUGGGAGAGAGAAGCAGUUAAUUGUACUGUCAUGCAUUCCUGGUUUUUUUUUAUUAUUAUUAUUAUUUUUUUAAAUAAAAAUAUGGAACCCUG